UGAAGGCCAGGUCGAAAAUGAAUUAAAAGAUUUAAGAUUUGACUCAAAGAUAUUUUUACCUAUGAAAAAUUGUUUAGCUAAUCAGGGUCGCCAGAAAUUAGGCCAGAACCAAGCAUCGUUUCAAUUAAAUUAUAAAAACAAACCCAAUUAGUAUUUCCCCAUUAGAGAUCCACCCACCUCUGUUUCUCCAUAUACCCAGAUUUUAUUUUUGCUGUUUUGGUUUUGAUUUGAAGAUAAAUUUUCAUUUAAUGGGGAGUUUGGGAGCACUUGUGAAACACCCAGAUGAUUUUUAUCCUUUGUUGAAGCUCAAGAUGGCUUCGAGGCAUGCCGAGAAACAGAUCCCAUCGGAGCCUCACUGGGCUUUUUGUUUCUCCAUGCUUCACAAAGUCUCUCGUAGUUUUGCCCUCGUUAUUCAACAGCUUGAUCCCAAGCUUAGAAACGCCGUCUGCGUAUUUUAUUUGGUUCUUCGGGCCCUUGAUACUGUUGAGGAUGACACCAGUGUAGCAACGGAUGUCAAAGUUCCUAUCCUUGAAGACUUUUAUCGUCAUAUAUACAAUCGAGAUUGGCACUUUAUGUGUGGUACAAAGAACUACAAAAUCCUUAUGGACCAGUUUCAUCUUGUAUCUACUGCUUUUCUGGAACUUGAAAGAGGUUAUCAGGUGGCAAUCGAGGACAUUACGAAAAGAAUGGGUUCAGGGAUGGCAAAAUUUAUUUGCAAGGAGGUAGAAACAGUCGAUGACUAUGAUGAAUAUUGUCACUAUGUAGCAGGGCUUGUGGGAUUAGGUCUUUCUAAACUUUUCCAUGCCUGUGGGUCAGAAUAUUUGGCUCCCGAUUCUCUCUCCAAUUCAAUGGGUUUAUUUCUUCAGAAAACAAAUAUUAUCCGAGAUUAUCUAGAGGAUAUUAAUGAGAUACCAAAGUCGCGCAUGUUUUGGCCUCGUGAGAUUUGGAGUAAGUAUGCCAACAAACUCGAGGACAUGAAAUACUGGGAGAACUCAGUCAAGGCUAUGCAGUGCUUGAAUGACAUGAUCACUAAUGCUCUAAUUCAUGUGGAUGAUUGCCUGAAGUACUUGUCUGCUUUGCGUGAUCCUUCAAUCUUUCGAUUUUGUGCUAUACCUCAGGUCAUGGCUAUUGGAACACUAGCUAUGUGCUACAACAACAUUGAAGUCUUCAGAGGUGUAGUGAAAAUGAGACGCGGUCUCACUGCGAAAGUCAUAGACAGAACAAACACGAUGGCUGAUGUCUACGGUGCUUUUUAUGAUUUUUCUUGUAUGUUGAAAGCUAAGGUUGACCAUAACGAUCCCAAUGCACAAAAAACGUUGAGCAGACUAGAUUCAAUCCUCAAGACUUGCAGGCACUCUGGGGUCCUGAAUGAAAGGAAAUCUUACAUUAUUCCGAGUCAGUCCAAUUACACUCCACUUCUGGCUUUCAUACUUUUCAUUAUAUUGGCCAUUGUUUUGGCUAAUCGGAGUUCCAAUCGGCCUAACAACUAGACCGUGCUUUGUUGUUAGAGGAAUGUCUCGUUAAUCAUCCUUGGAGUUUUAGACUCAAAGAUAAUAUAAAUGUAAUAAUUUCUUCUUUUAAAAAAGGACUAUUAUGGUAUUUUAAGUUUGCUUGUCGGAGAUUUUAAAACAUAUAUCAUUCUGAGUGUUAUGAAAAAUGAAGUCUUUGUUCA